GUAAGAACGUGCUGACGCAAAUUACGUAACUGGCGCAUGCGUGUUCAGUUCUUCCACACGUGUACUAUGGAGGCUGAAACAGGAGAGUUCAGUCUUGAUAUUUAUCAGGUGAAGAAGGCUGUACAGGCGUUGCAAGCUUAUUUGAAGAGCACCUCAUCCCAGAAUCUUCUUCUGAAUGAGACUCAACAAAUUUGUCUUCUCCUCACGUUAUGGAAGGUCCCCAAACAAGACCAAACUAUCCGCAUUUCUUUGCCUCAUGGGCUCCGUACUGAGUCCGCCGAGGUGUGCCUCUUCACCCGAGAUGAACCUAACAUGACUGCAGACCAGACUGAGAGGUUCUACAAGAAAUUACUCACACAGAGGGGUCUCAGAAACAUCCCUGAGGUGAUUCCCUUUAAAGUUCUGAAGACCGAAUAUAAGCCUUUUGAAGCCAAGAGAAGACUUCUGGGAAAUUUCGACCUCUUUCUAGCAGAUGCACGUAUUUACCGCCGUUUACCCUCACACAUUGGGAAGCAUUUUUAUGAGCGGAAGAAGGCCCCACUGUCCGUGGAUCUGGAGAGCAACCACCUAGUCAAAGAUAUAGAGCGCCUCGUUCAAGGCACCACACUCAGUGUCACAAAGAAAGGCUCCUGCUGCAUGGUGCGUGUGGCACACACGGGAAUGACAGCAGACAAGAUUGUCGAAAACACAGUCACAGCAGUUAACACCAUUUCAUCAAAGUUACGCAUGAAAGGAAAAAGCAUCAAAGUCAUCCACCUGAAAAGUCACACCUCUGUGGCUCUUCCCAUCUAUACAUCUGACCUCAGUCAUCUCAAUCUGCUGGAAGAGGAGCUGAGGAAAGCCAGAUUAGCUAAGGGUGCACAGAAAAUCAAGAAAAAGAACACAAAGAAAACUAGUUUGAAGACAAAGAACAUGGAUAAAACUAGUUUGAAGAAAAAGACGAGUGAUAACAAAGAUGAAGAAGGGAAAAAAGUUGAGCAUGAAGAGGAAGAUGAGGAAAUCCCGCAGCUCAUCCCUAUUGAGUCUCCAAACAAAAAGACAAAGCUGGAGGCUCUGUCCAAAACAGGAUCAAAGAAAACACCCAAGCUGAACACAGGUGACAGAAACCUGAAACCCAGACAAGGGCAGAAAAAAAUAAGCAAAAAAGCUCCAAAGGCCCAAGUACAGAAAAAGAAAAAAGUGACUUCUGUCUAAAACAGCCUUUUUUGUGACACACGUUCUCCAGUUUCGCAGCAUGAUGAUCCAAGGACUUGUGAAUGUUAAUGCAUCUCUGGAGUUGCACCUGCCAUUUGUGCCUGUGUUCUCUUAGGCUAUUUUGUAGAUGUAAAGGCAAUAAAUCUGUUUACUCAGUUA